UGAGUUACUGUGAGGUGGUCAAAGGUAGUGGAUACCUGCGUCCAGUACACGGUGGGUACACCACCUCCCUAUCCAUAUCCAUUUUCCCCUGCGCAGUAAUGUCUGUGUGGCUGAAUGAUGCCGAAGUGCUGGUGGGCGAAGGCAGUGGUGAGGCCGUACCAGUGAGUCCCAGACCGCGGGGCCUGCCAGCUGGGAGCCCCAGGCCAGGCCGGGGACAUAGCCCGCUGGCUUCACCCAAAGAGACGGUGCCCGGAAGCCCACAGGCAGAGACCAUGGGCAAGGCCAAGGAGCUAUUUGUGCUGUGUGACAAAGAGGGGAAAGGGUUCAUUACAAAGCGGGAUAUGCAAAGGCUACAAGGGGAGCUGCCACUGUCCCCAGAACAGCUGGAGACAGUGUUUGAGAGUCUGGACAGAGAGAGCAAUGGAUUCCUUACUCCUAUUGAGUUCAGCAAAGGACUUGGUGAGUUGGUGGGACUGGAGGACACGACUGAGCUGAGUCAAGACGAAGCAGACGAGGAUAUGGACCAGACGGACUGGUCCCAGGACGCCGCUGCAGUCAGAUUUGUAAACAUACUGCUGGAGCUGGGUGCUGACAAACUUUUUAAAGAUCAGGAGGAGCUCUGCACUCUGUGGUGUGAGCUCCAGAGAGACAGACCAGAGCUGCUGAGUGUCCUGGAGGCUGUCCUGGUCCACGCUGUGAACCAUUUACAGGACUCCAUCAGAGAGAGAGACAGUCUGGAACAAGCUUUACGCAGACGAGAGAGCGAACAUGAUCAGGUUGUCCGGUCCAUAUAUGAAGAAAUGGAAAAUCAGCUCAGAGAGGAGAGACAGAAACACCUGGCUGAGGACAGUAUUAAACAGAAGCAAAGAGGGCAACAACUUGAGGUGGAGCUGAAGAUGCGGGAGCAAGAGCUGGAGAAUACAAUCACCAAACAGAAAGAGCUGGAGACCAAAAUCUGGCAGCUGAGCUGUGAGCAGGCAAACAUCAAGGAGCAGAACCAGCAGCUGCACAGCCUCAACAUCCAGUUACAGGACCAGGUGGAGAGCAGCAGAGAGCAGCUGCAGGCUGCUCUGGGUCAGCUCAGCCUGCUGCAGCUCAGUGCUGCACAGGAACAAGUGGCCAGACAGAGAAACGUGAUGAAGGUGUCAAGGAACAUGCAAAAAGAGAAGGAUAGCCUCUUGAGACAACUGGAGCUGUUGAGGGAUAUGAACAAAAGGCUGCGAGAUGAGAAAGAUGCCCAGCAGUCUCAGAAGAGGAAUCCAAAUGUCAGAAAGACUUUGCAGAAGAAAGGGUCAGUCAUAGGUAACUACUUACUGCAAGACAAGUCACUGAAAAGACAGCUGAGCUCAUCUGAUGAGUUGGAGCAGGACAAAGACAAAGAGGUGACAAAAGCGCCCAAGAAACACCAACCGUCACAUAGAGUCAGGUGUGAAAAUGUUGAACAGACUCAAACUCAGAGCAAAACUGUCAGUCCUCAGCGAGUGUUCAAGGUGGUAUUCUUGGGUAACUCAGGUGUGGGCAAGAGCUCCUUCAUCCAGCAUUACUGCUCAGGACGCUUCUACAGAAAAAUGAGUGCUACUGUCGGUAUAGAUUUCCAGAUGAAGACUUUAAUUCUGGGCUCUACCACCAUCACCAUGCAGCUUUGGGACACUGCAGGACAGGAGAGGUUUCGCAGCAUCACUGAGCAGUACUACCGAAAAGCCGAUGGCAUCCUUGCCAUGUAUGACAUAACUCAGUCCUCCUCCUUCACGGCGGUGAGGGGAUGGGUGGAUUCUGUGAAGGAGAAGAUGUGUGAAGGUGCUGUGUUAAUGCUGCUGGGGAACAAGCUGGACCUGGCAGACGGACACGGCAGAAAAGUGACGACACUGGAGGGGCAGAGGUUGGCAGAGCAGCACCAAGCUUUGUUUUACGAGUGCAGCGCCAAGACCGGAUUUAACAUGGAGGAGCUGAUGACUGACCUGGCUGGGAUGUUGGUUGCCCAGCAUGAUCGACAGUGCAUAGAUGCACUUCAACUGACGGAGUACACAUCUAAAAGAGGCUGCUGUACGUAAACUGAAGAGGACUCUGAGGUGUCCACACCAUAGGUUCAGUGGUGUUACAUUUUCCUGCUGUCCCGAGGUGAAAAAGUGCAAUUUUUCUGUGAACAAGUUUACUGAGCAGUAUCUGUAAGGUUUGCACAUAUUGUAUCUUUGUAAUUCUUCCAGUAAAAGAUAUUUUUGAUGAC